CCGCAGCCAGGCUGCACCCCAUGUCCUCUGUCUUCCGCCAAUUCCUCUCCUGCUGCUUCCGCACCCGCUCGCAGAGCCAUGAACGCCAGGGAGGGCCCGACGAGCGCACGCAUUUAAUUCCACCGACCAACGAGGUUCCUCCCGUACGUACAUAUGUGCUCGACCAGCACAAGAUGAAGGAGCGUCUCGGGACGAUCGUCCGUGCCCAAGAAGGGAAAAUGGUGAACGUGAACGCGCAGCUGCCAUUCAAUCUGCACAGCCAGUCGCUGCACGCACUCGACCCGGGCGCGGAGCGUUCGCGCUCGAUGAACCCGCCUGGGACGUCGACGACGCAGCGCAUCCCGUCCUACUCGCCAGCGCGCGAUGAAUCCCCGUCCCUCCAGACGAGCCGCUCCACGUCGUCGCUGCACCCUGGAGACGCAUCGUACCUCCCGCCCGAGGAAGACCCCGAGUACGGCGCGCGCAGACCAGCGUUCAACGUCCGCCUUGUCCGCGCUCCGGGCGCCGCUUUAUGGACCAGGCGCGGACGCAGUCUGACAAGGGGUCGGUACAGCCGCUGGGGGGAUGAGAGGCUCAACGGUGCAGGCAACGGAAACGGAAACGGGAACGGAAACGGGAACGCGGCGGAGGGCAACGGUGUCCGGGUCACAGGCCAGGAGAAUGGGGUAACUUUGAACGGGCAUGCGGACGCUGCAGAUGGGCCCGCGGCGGGUUCCGCGUCGACCGCACACCCGCCAAUAAGGGUGGCCGCGCCGCUGCCUAGCAGUAACGGUCCCGACGCUGAAGCGGAGGGGGAGGCGCGGGGUGACGGUGGGGCGACGCCGCACGCGCCGGGGUUCCGCAUCCAGAUCGAAGACGUCGGGAAGAUCUCCCAAAGCUGGGGCGAUUGAUGACCCAUCGACGUUCUCCAUCUCAGCGUCCGCCCGCGCCCACGCUUUCUGUGCGCCUUCCCUGCUCGGUCACAUCCGCCACAGCACUCAUACCUACCAAUUGUCGCGCGCAUGCACCUUUUGGCUUUUCCAGGUUGCAAUGUGACAUGUCCACUCCUUC